AUGUGUGUUUGCGUGUGUGUGUGUAUGUGCACAGGUGUGUAUUUGUGUGUCUAUAUACACACAUGUGGGAAUUACAGACGCUCACUCUGACAGGAGACAUGAAAUUUUACAGUUCAAAAACCACUUACAUGCCUUUUGAAAAAAAAAGUUUUAUUCAGGGUUUUCACUGUGGACAGAUUUAUAUAGUUGCUUACUUAAUUCUGAUAGUUUGUAUUUAAUCCUUGUAUAAAUAGGUGAAAAAGAUUCAGGUUUUCUUUAGUAGUCAAUAGCAUAAAGCGUUGUGGGAAAACAAGUAAUUGUCAAGUGAAACACUUUUAUUGGUGAAAGACCACUCCAGCCAUUCAGUUGAACCAUCUUAUAAGGGAAAUAUGAUAUUAAUAGUUUGUAAACAUUUUUACAAUACUGCACUUACAGCUAUUGUAAGUACAUCAAACAACCAAUCAAAGUUUAAAUAACUAUCUCCAUAUGAAGAAAAAUUAAUAUAUACAGUAUUAGUACACUACAGUGUAUUCUAUGAAAUAUGAAAUGCACUCAAGUGCAUCCACCAGGAAUAGAAAACCUUAAAUGAUAUGUAUAAUGAAAUUUAAUAUUUAUCAUUUAAUAGUUGAUUUACAGGAAGUUGGGGUUUAGAAGGUAUAUACUUUUUAAAAAAACUGACACAUAGUUAACCCCAGCAGCUAUAGAAUCCUUUAAUAUAAGAUGGAAUACUAAGAACAAAAAGUAAUUUAAAUUUAAUUAUUAAAAUAAUUUAAUUUUGUUUUUCAUUUGAAAAAUAAGCUAAUGUGUAAGGUUAGAAAAGAAAGUUGGAAUGCAACUUAGAGCAUGUUUAUAAUGUGCACAGAAAAAGCUUGAGAAUGAUAUUUGGUUUAAAUGUGCUGGUUAGUUGAUGUUAUGACUACUUUAAAUUUUAAGGAUUGUGACACACUCCUACUAUUGAAAAACCUCAGUGUAACUUUAAUAUAUUUGCUGCUGUGACAUUUCAAAACAUUUUCAGUUUAUCAAAAUGAAUUACAGAUUUCAUUUUGGUGGGCGAUACAUUAUCAUUUUGCUAAUAACCAAAUUUGCAGUUUGUUCAGGGUCUUGAAUAGAUUUACAGAUAUUUAACACUGAAGCUGUUUUGAACUUUCAGUAAUGUAAACUCUCUACUAAUUGGGUAGUUAGAAGCUGGGCAGUGCAUUUUAACUUUUACUAGACUCAUAAAAGAGACCAAUAAUUUUUAUAUAGCAGUUUUAAAAUGUGGUUCAGAGUAUCCAUGUUGGAUUUAUGGAGUAUGCAGUUUUAGUGGUAAAAUGUUAUAAGCAUGUGCCUCCAUAUAAAGAAUGGGGAUUUGCUUCGUAUAUUCAGAAUUCUCCGAGUGCCCCUUUUCUCUGUUAAAAUUCAGGUUCUGAUCAUUUUUCUAAGCCAAUUUUCCUAAGUCCAAAAGGAAUACUUAAAGCUGAAUUUAAAAAAAAUAAGUGCACCUUGUCAAAUACUUGUGUUUUUACACUUGUGUUUGUGUGUAUCUAAUAAUCACAUAUACAUGUAAUACUAAAGAGAUUUUCAGCUAUUACAUUUAAAAACUGCUUACAUAUGAUUUAAAAAAAACUGAAGAGUGGGAAGCUAUACAACCAAGUAGUUAUUUGGCCUCCUAGAUCUAUACUGAACCCUCUUCAGCUUAAUGUUACCUGCAUACUAGGGUAUGAAUCCUCUUGCUUUUUUGUUUUUCCAAGUAAGAAUACAUAAUAGAUUGCAAAACAGCAGAUGUCAGGGUCAUCUUUCUUUUUAAAGAAUUAAGCCAUAUUUUGUGAGGGCCAGAACUUGGAUUAUUUAAUAUAUUUCCCCUCCUCCCCCAUUGAAAAACAAAUUUAAAAAAUAAAGUAAAUGUUUCAACACAAUUUUAUUGACCUCUUUAUACAGAAUUUUACUUGCAAAAAUUUGGGGGCCUGAAUGCAUUACAUAAUAUUUAUAUUGAGCUUUUUUAUUCCUCACACUAUAUUUACAUUAAUAAAUUGAUUGAGAAGUUUAUAGUAAAGGGAUACUUACAGAACACUUUUAUAUCAUUUAAAAGAUGACCUGACCAAAAACUUUACAGGAUUCAUAAAAUCAGGGAUCAUUUUGCUAUUGACUUCACAGUGAUCAGUAGUUUUAUAGGUAAUAUUAUAGUUAAUUUGCAGCAUUUAGUAUUUGUAUUAUUUAUUUUUGGUCAGAUAUAGUAAAUUAAAUAUUUUUUGAUAGUUUAUAGGUAAUGAUCAACCCAUAACUUUUAAAAGAAACAAAAUGUUUCUAAUUAUUGAGUUAACUUUUGAUUAUACAAACUAGGAAAGGCAGGGAAAUUUAUGGGUUCCCCUUCUCCCCAGUGAUUCUAUUAAGAUGUUCUUUAUGUUAAACUUUCAAAGUACUUUAUAAAUUUAGUUACCAGUUACUACUUAUUAAUUGACAGUUUUCUGAAAAAUCCAGUUUCAGCAGACUUUUAAUGAAGGUGAAAGCAACCCUUAUAUGCUUUCUACUUAUUUGAAUGUUCCUCAAGUAUUUUAUAUUUAAAAAAAAAAAAAAGAAGGAAAAGAAAAAACAGUGCCUCUGUUUUUAGAAAACUACUGCUCAGUAAAGUUGUUUAAACCAUUUCUGGUAGCUAAUGACAAUUUUAUAUUAAAUUGUAUACUAACUUUAGUGAGACUGAUUUUUUUAGUUGUUUACAGUACAAAUACUUGUAUUUGUUUUUUAAUUGCAGUAUUUCCAUUGUCGCAGUAAUUUAGUAAAACUCUGUGGCUGCCUUGAUUUUGACAGAUUUUGUUAAUAUAAACUGAUUGUUAGGCAAUUAGUUCUAUUUAUGCAUAAAUCAAUUGCACUAUAAUUCAUGAAUUAUUUAUUACAAUAUUUUCUAAUGAAUUCAUGUAUCUGUCUUGUGUUGUAAAUGUACUGUAAUUCUGUUCCUACUUUGUGUUGUUAUAUAUCUAAAUCUGAUUGUAUGAAUUUUAAUUGUUCAGUUAACGUGUUUCUAGGUUGUAAUUUGUAGUAAAGCACUUCAAUGCUUUUGCACUUAAAUUUACAACACUGUUGGUGUGUGAUUGAUUUACUCAGUAAAAGAAAAGAAAAGAAAAGAAAAGAAAAAAAACUGACUACACUGACUUUUUUGAUUCACUGUAGGAAUGAGUUUUAUUUAUAUUAAUAUGAAAAAUUGACUUCUCCAAAGAACUAUUUCAACAACAAAACUUGUAAUAAGCAAAACCGAUAGUAACAUAUAAAAAAUAGGCAGGAUGUUUUGGUUUAGAAAUCGAACUGAAAAGAGUUAGAAAAAAAUUUAACAUUAAAAACAAGGGAGCUAUGACAGAUAUAAUUUUAGAAUCUUUACAUAAUCUUUUCAGAAUAAAUUCUAGAUUGGAGACAUCUGUGUAUUCAACUAUUAUUUACUCAUAUUGUUUUUCUUUGAGACUCUAACAUGCAAGAAAUAUGAAAAAGAAAAAAUUUGGAGCCAAAUAAACAUUAUGAAAUUCUAUAAUUUGAGAAUUUAGUUAGCUAAUAUCUGAUAUAUGUGUAUUAAAUAUAAUCUAAUACCUGAAUAUCCAAUUAGUAACUUUAUGGAGCUAUUCUUUAUAUACCAUUACAUGGAAAUUAUUGACCACUGUGGUAUUUUGGAAUGGAAGUUCCAUUAUUAAAAGUAAUAAAAUGGGGGGGGGAGUAAUUAACUGAAUAAGAAACUUUUUUAAAGUAUAGACUCCCUUGAAAUCUCAGAGGACAACUGUAAAAAUCUUGGGAUGGUUUUCAGAAUAGUUAGUUUUAGUUUUAGUUUUAGUUAUUUCUACUUUCUAUUUGACUUUGCUAAUGGAAAAAACAUUUAAGCAUUUUAGAAACUUAGGAAGGCAAAUUAAUCUUUAAAAUAUGGUGCAAUUAAUUUUUCUAAGAAAUAAAAUCUCUGUUUAUUUAAUCACAGAUAUGUUUAAUAGGCCAUAACAUAACUUUAAAAAAAAACUGUUGAAGUGCAUCUAUCAGAACUCUUUGGGAUUUCUUUGCUUAUAUAAAAAUUAUAAUUUUAAUUUGCUGGAAAAGAGUAUAAUACCACAUAUCUUCAUAUUUGAUAGUUAACAUUUCCUCAUGUCUUUUUUCUCCCUGUAUUUUUUGAGUUAUAGUGAAUCUUGGGAAUCAGUUCCAUUAUUUACUCCCAAUCAUGAUAAAAUUUACCAAAAAAAUAUAUAUAUAUAUUUUCAGAAAGGAAAUGGUAUUGGGGUUAUGUCUGUGGACUUAAAGCACUUUAUUGUUAAUUUCAUAUCUUUUCUCACUCUGAUAACUGCUUUUUGUCAAAUCACAUGUUAAUUUUGGUGAACUAUUAGUUGAAUCUAGUAAAGUUAUCAUUUUUCUAGAAAAUUUUUGAUCUAAUGUUCAGAAUUUGCCUUCAUGUUUUUGCUACUCAAAUAACAUAAUAUUUAUAAAAUGUACAUAAAAUAUUGCAUAUUUACGUGUGAAACAGAUUAAGCCAGUUUUAGGGAGCAAAAUAAAAUUAAUUUUACUUUUCAUUUUAAAAUAAAAAUCUUUUACUUUUUAAUAUACAUAAAUAUAAUAACCCUUUAAACAAAUACAGUCUUCUAUAGCAAUUCAUAAUCAGUAUAUCCUAAUUCCAACACUAAAUAAAAUUUCUACAAACCAGGAACUACUAACAAUAAUAGCAAAUAAAAGAAAUCAUGAAUGGGAGGCUAUUUUCAUGUACAGAGUUUGGUGAUAUGUUUAAAUAGAUACUUUUCUGAAACAGAAUUCUUUUAAUAUAUUUUACUCUUCUUGCUGCUGGUAUUGGAUUAAAAAAAUUUUUUUGUAGACUUCUGCCUUGGUUACUAAGUAAUCCUCGGUGUUAGUUAAAAUUAGUUGUAUGUUAGUCUUCAGUAGGACAUUUUCCAGCAUUUGAAAUUAAAUAAUUAGGUAAGUAAUGCCUUUAGUCUUCAUGUAGUUACUUUAGUAUUUAAAAUCAAUUAAAAAUAGAUUUUAUUUUUAAAUAGCUUAAAUUUUUUAUUAUUAGGUUAAAAUGCCUGCAGCUUAAUCUUAGAAAAGAUACUCUGUUAUUUAUAUGAAGUCUAAAUUCCUUAAUUUUCCUUUUCAACUGUUGAUGCAAAAUCAGAGGAAGCUACUAAAAUGGAAAAAGGAAAAUCAGCAUUAAGCAAAGUUUUGGAAUCUUUGUGCAUACAUCACCAGCAACAAGUUUUGGCCAUGUUGAAAUUUCUAGUCCAAGAGCAGAAUACUGCUUCUCUUUGCUAUUGUAAUACAUCAUAUACUGUGUCUUCAGAAUCUCAAAAGCCCCUAAUUGAAGAUGACUUACAUGGUCUAUUCUGUAGUUGUGAAUAUAGGCUGGCAGAAAGAGGGUAUUUACAAAAUGAAAGACAAAGCCCUGGUUUUGUGCCUCUGCCAGUCUGUAUUAAAGAUUUGCAUUGUUUAUCUUGCCAAACUGUAACUAUUGAACACAUUAAGACAGUAGUGAAUAGAGGAAUUGCAAAAAGUUAUAAUUCUCACAGGUGCUGUUCUGGACUAUUACCAAACAUUCACUCUACAAAAUCAACCUUUCAUGCUCCUCUUUCAUCAAGGGAAGUAUGCGAUGUUUCAGUCAGUCUUAAGGAUGUUUGUAGAUCUCGAAGUCCGUCACCUCCACCGUUAUCGCCUGUACAGACUGAAGGAUUUGAAAAGUUGAAAGAUGCCGUCCCAGAGCUUUCAGCCUUAGAAAAUAACAGACUUGAAAUAAACAUUAACCAGCCUCCAUCUCUCACACCAGCAGAAAUAAACAGUGACAAGGGCGAUCACGAAGGUAAAGUACAUAAAACUAAAAAAUCCAGUAACUCCGAUUAUUUGCUCCUGGAAGACAGUGAUAAUUGUACUGCAAAUCAUGAAAAAGAUGAAACUACUGUAAUAUUUCAAGAUUUAAUGGAUCGUAUUAAUGAAAAAUUAAAAUCAAUAGAAGCUACAGAUGUGACAAACCUUAUAAAAUUAUCUAGCAGUGAUUGUAAUACAGAUAAUGAUUUAAAAUUGAGGGAUUUAAUAUCCUCACUCUUGCAUAAUGCCAAGGCCAGUGAUUACAGUUUCAUGGAACUGCUGAGUCAACAUGAUAAAAAGGUAGAAAAUAAAAUUAUUCAGACAAGAUUUCGAAAGCGUCAAGAAACCUUAUUUUCAAUGCACAGCUCUCCUGAUUCCCCCAUGUUUAGAAGGCAGUCUUUACAAAUAAAAAGAGAACUUGCUAGUCUUGAUGAAAAUUUUGUAAGAAAAAAAUACACUGAAAAAAAUUCAAGGAAGUUAACACGCAAUGAUGAGAUAUUUUCCACGGACAAAGAAGAAUUCUAUCAUUGCCAAGGGUCUUUACAAAAUUCUAAAAACCGGCAAGAUAAUAAUCAUACAGAAACAUCAUUUUCACCAGAUUGUGCAUUACAGUCAUUAAAACUACCUCUUCAUAGUUUAGAAACUAACUUGGCUUUUGAUGCAUUUUCAGAAAGCUUUAAAACAACUUUCCCUGAGAAAAUGAGCAUAAGAAAAUCACAGGAGAAAUCUGCAGGUGGAAAAAAACUUUUGCAAAAUCACAAGGAGAACCCCAACCUGGAGAAUACUCAAGCUCCUUUGAAAAGUGAUGUUUCUCCACUUUUGAGCAGAACUAAACGAAAUAUUGUGCCCCCAGGGUGGUAUUCUAUAUAUGUAACAAAUAAUUAUGUUUUCAAAAAAUCCCCUAAGGCCAAAAAAGCUGCUGAAUCUACAAAAAAAAAAGAUCCUAUGAAAACAAUUCAACUCGAAAGCUCACACAAUAUAGAUCUAAACAAAAUUGCAAUGAAUUCUAAUUUACAAGUUGUUGUGGAGCGUUUGGAAGACACAAUAAAUAUGGCCCAGAAGUCUUUGAAUAAUCACUCAUUAUCUGAAGGAUGCAAGGCAUCCAAGAAAUUGAUAGAAGUUAAUGGUAAAGAUCAAACUACAGGUAGAAAUGUGACUCUUACUGUAAGCAGAAUGGCAUGCAAAGAGCAGAGUUUGUCAAAAUCUGUGGUAAAAGCCAGCAAUAUCAAAAGCAAUCAUAUUCCUACAAUAGAUUUAAAUAGCAAAAGACUUGAUAAUCUGGAAAAGACAUCUGUUUUGGAUACAAGUAGCUUGAUUUCCAAUGUUCAAAGUGUGUCAACAAAAUAUGAAGCCAUUGAAAGCUCUCCUUUUUCCAGCUAUUCUAGUCCUAUCAAACUCAUGUUUUUAUCUGAGGUUAAAAGCAGUGAAGGAGUCAAAUAUACUUUAACUUCAGUUGGUACUUCCAAGUCAAAUAUUGAACUUUCUUCUGAAAAAUAUCUAACUCAUCAUGUAAUUGAAAAAAAAACAAUGACAAAUAAGAAUGUCCCAAAUGCUAACUUUGAAAAGGAUAGUUCUAAUCUUAAUGAUAGUGACACUCUACAGGGAGAACUAAACAAAUUUAAUUGUGCAAAAGAAACUACAGAAUCCCCUGCAAUGUUCAUAGAUGGUAUGAAUAGUGAUAAGCCACAAGAUGAAUCUAAGGAAAAUCUAAGCAAUGGUAUUGAUUCAUCUUUUAAACGGAAACCAGGUAGACCUAAAAAAAUAGGUCCCCAGGUUGUGAAACAAAUUAAGCGGCCAAUUGGAAGACCACCAAAACCUAAAACUAAUCAAACAGACAUCACCAUUUGCCAAAAUGAGUCUUCUAGUGCUGGAAAGAAAAGUCCAGAGUCUCUCCUAUCAGAAGUAGGAGAAGGUAUUUAUAAAAAGAGUAUUACCGUAACUGUUAUUUAUGGAAGGUCAAGAAGAACUAGAAGGCAUGUUUCUGAAGGAACGGUAGACAUAAGCAAUGUGUUAUCUUUCAGCAAUAAUGUUGCUGAUAUUCCAACUGAAAGUAACAGUCUCCGAAAUAUUAAAGAAUACAAAAUUGAUGCAGGUGAAAGAAGGGCUGUUUCAAGUUUAACUACUGAAAGUGAGGUCUUGGGGUCUGGCUUUGAAUAUGUUAGGCCUAUCAAGAACAAGUCUGUGAUACCUCAACCUUCCAAGAACAUUAUUCGACCAACUCAGAAGCCUUUUGCUAUAAUUAGGAAGCCUGGUAGACCUGCAAAAGUGAAAAUCUCUGGCAUAUCUGUGACUAUUAAUAGAGUUUCACCUCAGGAGAGAGAAGUAAGUAUUAGCAGCUGCUUACCUCCUUUAGAACAAGAAAAUAUAUUAGAAAGAAAUCUGGCUGAAGAAAAGUAUGAUCACCAAUGCAAUAAGAUGGAUACAGGGCACACCAAAGCUGACACAUUUAAGAAUGGAUCAAAAAGUAUGGUUGCUACUAUACCUUUGAGACAUUCUAUUACAGAUAGAAAACCAUCUCUCCAUUUCUUACAUCCAUUAGCAUCUUCUAGCUCACUUAUUUAUAGAAAUGCUCUGUUCCGUAAAUCGUAUAAACUCCAUUUGCAGAAGGGUAAAAGUCAGAAGGAAAAACCUAAGCAGUCAAGGAUAAAAAUAGCUUCGAAAGGUACCCCAGCAACCAGAAAUUCAAGGAAUGAAAAAAUGUGUUUGGAAGAUAACAAAGUAAUACCCAUUUCUGAAGUAUCCUUGGACCCAAUAAUUUCAUCAAAUCCUUUGCUCAGGUGGUGGGCUGCUUCUACAUCAAACGAUUCCUUAAUAGAGGAAUUAAACAAUAGAUUUGAGCAAAUAACAAAUGCUUGGGUGCAAGUGAGUGGAGAUGAAGCUGGAAAUUGUGCUCAUAAAAAGAGAGAACACAUUGAAAAUGAUAAUUUCAAAAUAGCAAACCCUUUGGAAACCUGUCUUUUAGAACUUGAAGUUUCACCUGUAAAAAUGCUUUUUCGGAAAAAGUAUGAUUUGAAUGAACUCUGUAUCUGGUUUAUGCAAACAACAGAAACACAGUCUCUUUCACUAGUUAGAAAAGCAAAUGCUCGAAACCCUUUGGAAGUAAUAAAUACUAGAGGAAUUAAGUUAGGGACCAAAUAUUCUAAUUUUAAUACCAGCCCCUUCAGAAAGCACUUUAAAAAAUUUGCACUAUCUUCUCCUUCAAAAUCAGCAGGGAAGUUGCAUAUACUGCAUAAAAUGGUUAGCUCUCCACUGUUAAAUGUGAAAAAUAAUUUAACGUUAGCUAGAUUAAAAAGAACUGAAUUUAAGAGGUUGCAACAUGAAAGGUGGAAAAGAGAGGGAAAGCUGCACAACCAUGGAACAAUUGAUUGGAUCUCUAAAAGGAAAAACUUAAGAUUUUUCUGCCAUAACCAAUUUUUAAGUAAGACUGAGAGGGGAACAAAAGCUGAUAUCCCACUCCGAGGAAAAAACACAAUAGCUAGUCAGUUUAUUUUGCCACCUGAGAUCAGGGAUGACUCCUUGCAACAGAAGGUGGCAAUGUCUGACUUGAAAACACAUGCUAGUUUAGAGAAUAAUUUUAAGUCAGAAGCAAAAGAGAAUGGAACAAAUUGCAGCCAAAAAGAUUUUGAAAAGGGACCAAGACUAGGAAAUGUGUGUCCAAAUAAUUGGAAGUCAAAAACCUUAAAAGAUUGUAGAAUAUUUUUGAGGAAGAUCAACUAUCUUGAACACAAAAAUACUUUUAAGCUAAAUACAAUCAUUUACUCUCCUGAAUCUAUUGGCAGUGGAAGUAAUCCUCAGACUCACAGAGAAGAAUCAAAGCGCUUUACCUUAAGAUCCCAUUCUGCUAGGCAAAAUUCUUUUAUAAAGCAGUCUAAAGAAAUGGAAAAUGCUAAAACAAAUAGUCCUUCAAUCGAUAAAUUUCCCAGCCAACUUGACAAUAGUAAAUUAAAUAAAUGUGUUAACUAUGACAAGAAUCCUGAUAGUUCUGAUGUUCUUAGCAAAUUGAACAAAAGAAAAAGACCACCAUGGAAGACCACAGAAAUGUCAACAAAAAGGCAUAAACGACAGUCCUGCAACAGUGGACAAAUGGCAAACUAUUAUUCAAAAUCCCAACUAGCCUCCAGACCUGCUUUGUCUAUCUGAGCAUGCUACAAAUGAAAACUGAUGAGAAACUGAAUUUGUCCGAUGGGAAUACAGCAAGUUGCCCUUUGAGCCCCAUUAAGAUGUGCC